AUGCCAUCUGUUUUUAUAUCAAAAGAUGGAACUAUUUUAAAAGAAAAACCUUUUUUUGCUAGAUUAAAUGAUUUUGCAUAUCAAAUUUAUUUAAUCUUUAUGCUUUAUAUAAGCACUUUAUUUACAGUUAGGUUUGACCCACAAAGAGCUAUUGAAAAAUAUCAUUUGAAACAAAAUACACAAAGAACCCCCAAUACUUCGUCAAAUAGAUUCAAUAAUAAUAGAAGUACAUGGGGAUAUGAUUCUUCAAGCGGAAGACCUUUAGGACGACGAUUGGGUAGUAUUGAUGAUAUUCGUUUGCCUCCAUGCGGUACAUGUUGCGGAGGUAAUUAA